AUGAAAACCCUUCAAACUUUGGCUGUGUUGGAUAAGGUGCUGGUUGGGGCUCAUGCAUUGGUUCUCGAAAGUUCGGUGGAUAUCCAAGUCUUCAGCGUAAACAAAUGCGCGGAUAUUGUGGACAAGGCAAACAUUUCUGGCCGCGUCACGGAAGAGUCCAGCGUUUCAGCUUGCCGGAAACACGCGCAGAGUAUGGAAACUUGUGGCCUUCUUGGCGAGAUGCUUGCCUUGGCCCAGAUGCGUGAUGACUUCAACAAGUCCAGCUUCUGCGAGACGAUGAGCUCUGCUCAUGCUUGCUCCGCAGCGAUGGAGGAUUUCCUGUCCUCGGAUGCGGUGGCUGACCUUGCCUUUGGCCAUUGCCUGCGCAGUCACCGACUGACGCAAGCAAAGACGGACACCUCUGCAGACAACUAUUGCCAGCGCUUUCAGGGCGUGCUUCGCGCUGCUGUUAAAGCAUCUGAUAGCGUCGACACCCUUCGUGAGUGCUACAUGAUGGAGUUGGAACAGAAGUCGCGGAAGACAUCGACCACACGGGCGGCGACGAAGGCCCAGCAGAUUCCACCCGCACAGCUCCAGGUGCAGCAGCCGAUUCCAGCCACACAAGCCCAGGUUCAGCAGCAGAUUCCAGCCGCUCAGCUCCAGGUGCAGCAGCAGAUGCCGGUCACACAGGAGGGUGCCAAGAGCCAGGUUCAGCAGCCGAGUCCAGCCACGCAGCUCCAGGUGCAACAGCAGAUUCCGGCCACACAGGGCGGUGCCAAGAGCCAGAUUCCUGCCGCUCAGCUCCAGGCGCAGCAGCAGAUUCCGGCCACACAGGUCCAGCAGCAGAUUCCAGCUGCUGAGCUCCAGGUGCAUCAGCAGAUUCCGGCCACCCAGGAGGGUGCCAAGAGCCAGGCGCAGCAACAAACCCCAGCCACUCAGAUCCAGGUGCAGCAGCACAUUCCAGUCCUGCAGGGCGUCAAGAGACAGGCCCAGCAGAUGCAGAGCGCCGCGCAGGUUCAGGCCAAGACCAAGGCAGUGGGUGCAGUCUGGAGAGGCAACCUCUCCACGGAGAUUGCAGCUCAAGCAGCGUCCGCCAUGGCUGUGCAAGAGAAGGAAUGUGCAAAGACCUCGUCCACGAUGGCCGAGAGGAUGAUAGAGCUGGAGGAGAUGCAGAAAGCCGCAAGGGAGCAAAGGAAGCAGCGCUUGGCCAAGAUGAAAGCGGCAGAUGCCAUGCAGGGAAGCCAGCCGAGGCUCGGUGCGUGCUCUAGUCCGACCCAGGCCCUCGCAGUGCGCGAGGAGGAGCUGCGCGAGGUCUUCGCUGAGCUGUCUGCGCACUGGGGCCGAUGUGUUGGGCUGUACGUGCAUGGCUCGACGAUCUUCUUCAACAAAGAGCCGAAAGAUUUGGAUCUCCUGGCCAUCGUGGAUGAUGCCAAGCAAAGAAUCGUUUCAGGCUCCAAGGAGGCUCAGUUUAUCAUCGGCCGUUGCGAGGUGUCAGUCUACGAACGCGAAUUUUGGUUGAAGAGGCUGGAGGCCAUGGAUCUGACCAUGCUGACUUGCGUGUCUACUCCAAAGCACUUCGUCCCCAUGGAGAUCGACGACGAUCGUGUACGUAGCCUUCGAAUUCCUUUCGAUGUGCUCGAGGAGUCGCUGGCCUCCUAUGCAGAGUACACCUGGGUGAAGGCCCAUCGCAAGAUGGAUGGCUUCAAGGACCGCUACGCGGCUGGCAAGAACUGCUACUUUGCCUUCCGGAUCUUGUCCUUUGGCUGCCAGCUGAUUGACCACGGGUGGAUCCCGGACCUUACCGCUGCCAAUGGCAAGUACGAGGUCAUGCAGAUGGUCUUUGACGCGUUUGCUGUCCAGCCUGGUGAAUGGGAUUUGGUCGAGGCACUCUUCGGCCACCUCUUUCGAGCCGAGCUGGAGCACUUCACGCGGAAGGUCGCUAUGGCCCGAAACGGCGAGGAGGUCACAGAGGCCUUGCAGCAGCCGGAAUCGACCUGGCUCUGUGCCCUCUGUGGUGAGACAGCGCGGCCUCUGUGCUGGUCUCAGGUUUGCUGCGCCACCGCCCGGGACGGUGCGCUGCGCCACCGCACCCUUCCAGGACUCCGUCGGUUGAAGCUCUUCCAGACCAGCACCGCCGGUGCCAAGUAUCGCUGUGAGUUGAGCGCCAAGGGCGUGGUGGACAACGGGGUCCAGAUGGCCAAUUGUGAGCACCGCUUCCACCAGCACUGCAUCGUGAAGGCGAUCCGGCGCACAGUUCGGUCGAAGAAAGGCGGUGCCCUCUGCCCCGUCUGCUCUGCAAAGCUGCGAGUGAACGUCAACAAGCAACGAGCUUUCGGUUUGUGGGCUACGAGGCCAACUGAGACCGAAGGACUUUGA